CCGUUCAGUCAGAAUCCGGAGACGGAGUGUGUACCGUGUGGGGAUGGGUUGAGGAUGGUAGUCGGGAUGACGGAAAGACACAAGGCACCGAUACGUGUCGGUUUCUACGACAUUGAAAGGACUAUCGGCAAGGGGAAUUUCGCCGUCGUCAAACUGGCCAAGCACCGUAUCACCAAGACUGAAGUAGCGAUUAAAAUUAUAGACAAAUCACAACUCGAUCCCGUCAACUUGCAGAAAGUAUACAGGGAAGUAGAUAUAAUGAAACAGCUAGAUCAUCCCCACAUAAUUAAGCUUUUCCAGGUCAUGGAGACGAAAAACAUGAUCUACAUAGUUUCGGAGUAUGCUAGUCAAGGUGAAAUAUUCGAUUAUAUCGCUAGAUACGGUAGAAUGACGGAGAAAGGUGCCAGAAGGAAGUUCUGGCAGAUCCUGUCGGCUGUGGAGUACUGUCACAACCGGCGAGUUGUUCACAGAGACCUUAAGGCUGAAAAUCUUUUGAUGGACUGCAAUAUGAAUAUUAAAAUAGCUGAUUUCGGAUUCAGCAAUUACUACACGCCUGGUGAACAGUUGGCCACUUGGUGCGGUUCACCCCCGUACGCAGCUCCGGAAGUCUUCGAAGGCAAAAAGUAUACAGGGCCCGAGAUAGACAUUUGGAGUCUGGGAGUCGUCCUGUACGUCCUCGUCUGCGGAGCCCUGCCCUUUGACGGAUCGACACUCCACACUCUCCGAGACAGGGUUCUUUCUGGCAGGUUCAGGAUACCCUAUUUUAUGAGCUCAGAUUGUGAGUCUCUAAUUCGAAAGAUGUUAGUAUUAGAGCCAGGUAAACGAUAUUCCGUGGAACAAAUUAAACGGCAUAGAUGGAUGGUGGAGGAAGCGCCAAGGCUCUUACCUUGUACAAGCAUAGGAGAUAACAAACUUGCAGAGCCCAAUGAACAAAUUUUAAGGCUAAUGCAAAGUCUGGGUAUAGAUGCUGCUAAAACAAGAGAGUCCCUCAAAAGUGGAAGCUAUGACCACCAUGCUGCUAUAUAUUUCCUUCUUUUGGAAAGGAUGAGACAACAUAGAAGUACAUUUACAUUAGCUCAGGAAACGUCUUCAGGAGUUGCAAGUGGUGCUAAGGUUCAAGAAAGAACCGAUGCAACACAAAAAAGGAGGCCCAGUACAAUAGCUGAACAAGCUAUGAGGAAAUUAGGUCUUUCUGGCAUGAACCCUGUCUUAAAUCAAGGUGCCAACAUUCAUGUACCAGAUCAACAACAACCACAGCAGCAACAGCAGCAGCAACAAUUUAAAAGAAUAGGAGAACAAAGCAGACUUUGUUAUACUCCAGAUUCUUUGGCAAGGGAACAACAAAUACAAAGUGCGUUGCAACAGUUGACAGUUGCUAAUGUUGAGCCCGUAGAGCCAAAGCGAUCAAAUAGUUUUAGUCGUCCAACUCAUACUACGGAUAGCGGAAGACAAUCACAUCCACCGUUCAGAGAAAUGAGCUCAUCACCUCAAUCCAGCCCUCCAUUAGCUCCAAUAUCUCAUAAAAUCCAAGGAUCCACAGAACCAGUUGUUCCUACUGACACGUCCCUUAGUUUUGCUACUUACAGGGAACCAACUACAUACACAACCACAAGGUAUUCUACUUCUUUUGGAGGUUCUUUUUCAGGUGGUGUACCACAGUAUUCCAGUUCAACUGAUGAAGGGGUUGAAACAGAUUUGGAAGAAACUACUAAUACAACACAAAUCCCUCAACAACGAUUGUCCUAUGCAAGUUCCUCAUCGUCAAGUGGUGUCGGAGUUCACAAUAAAAGUUUAAGUCAACAUUUAAGUUCAGAUUCAUCUUGUUCUUCAUGCCACGUUUCUUCAUUGCAUAGUAAUUUUUCUACUUUUGAAAGUAGUUUAGAUUAUCAAUUUGAAACUGAAUUGGGUUCCAGUCUCCCAUCUUGCACAACCCAAGGAAAUAGUAAACCAUUAAUAUCUGAAAGUGUUAUUAUUAGCACAAGUUCUAUACACCCAGGGGUUUAUGUAAGCAGUGAUGGUUCAAAUCGCUCCUGGUGUAGGCACAGCAAUUAUGGUACAAACUUACCCACGAGUGGGCAUUUUAAAACAAGAAAAAUCACUCGUUCACCUGUUGAUUUUCGGGAAGGACGACGAGCUUCAGAUGGUUUAGUUGCUCAACAUGGCGUUUCCACUACAGAUGGUUCCACGUUAAGUCCUCCAAUUAAUACUACCGUAGCAUUUAAUAGUCAAAAAUUGAACGAAAGCGGGAAAGCGAAAGGUGUUAUGGAAUUACAUUUAGUUCAACGUGAACACCAAGCAUUAAAAUCCCAAUACCAAAGCUCAGUACCACCGGAAGAAUUAAUUCAAAGGCAGUUACAGCAUUCGGAGUACAGACAAAGAGAUAAUUCAGCAGAAUCUCGGCAACAGAAUUUACCAAAGCGUAUAAGUUUGCCUGAAAAUUUCACCUUUCCAGCACCGGGGAUGACCCAAUCUUUAGAAGCUGAAAUGUUAGCAAGUGUAACUGCUCCACCUUCUUCCAAAGCACCUUUACAACAGCAAUUGAUGCAACACAGGUUACUUCAGCAGAAAAGACAACUAUUGCAAAAGCAAGGGACUUUUCAAUCGACGAGUACUGAUCCAAAUGUUAAUAUGAUUCUCAACCGACGACAAAUGCUCAGACAAGCUUCUUAUAAACUAGCCCAGCAAACACAAAUAGUUCCUCCAUUACCAAUACAUUGUGAAUCGAGUUUUCCUACAAUUGAUGAAGAUAGCACCAACGGUUCUGGAAGCCCUCGACUUCUUCAGCCCCUUGUGGAUGAAAAGUUCGCUUCUGUUCUUGAACCCAAUAAUGAACAAUGGAGCGCCCUGCCCAAUUCUUUUGCAUCUUGCCAAAUACGCGAACCUACAGGCAACCAAUGGACUAUGGGGACUGGAGGAGAAGCAGGCAUUCAUUUAAACACACCAUGGCAGCCAUCCAUUUUCACAACAACGCAACCAAUUCCAGCCUGGAGCCAGAUAACACCAAGUGGUGGAAAAACAACAAAUUCACAGAUCUUGUCAUCCGGAUUGCUUUGGCCUGCCCCAAUGCAAGCAGUCAGUGAGAGCCCUAUUCUAGAGCUUUCUGAGCAAAUGGAGUUAAUGUAAUUCAUAGUACUUAUUUAUUCUUCAGAAUACAUCGAUCUAAUUUAAUUGUAAUGUUAAUGAUAUAAUUGUAAGGAGUGACAUAUCUAUUAAAAGUAAAGAAGAAAAUAAUCUAGUUGAAAAACAGUCCAAAGUGAUUAUAUGACAUGGAUGUUUGGUGUGCAUGUUGUUUUUGGGUAUUCCUUGUACAAAUUUAUGUUCAGAAUACCUAAUUUAAACAAAAAAUAUAUUUUUAUUACUUAAAAUUAUAAAAAUUUAUUUAAAUUAUAAAUGGAUUUUUUUCCCCCAAUUAAUUAUAUCGGCAGCAAUGCUAUCACAAUACAAAAAUUACUAUAUUCACUCAACAAAACCUUCAAUUCGUUUGAACUUUAGCAUGUUUUACUUUGCACACAUACCCAUUGUGGUGAACACAAAGCAUAGUUAAUCAGCAUGAUCAGUAACGUAUAAUGACUCAAGUUGAAAGUGGCUUCAGUAUAUUUUGUAUAAUAAGUCAUUUGGGUUUUAAAAUAAAAUUAAUCAAUUACUCACUUCAAAUUAUCUUUGUACUUUUAUAUAUUGAUAAUUGAACAAAUAGCUGCUGAAGCUUACCAUUCAUUUCUGGAAAGAAAGACAAUCUUAUUAAGAAACAUAAUGUGACAACAAGGAAUUAUUAAACAUUACGUAUUUAAAAAUGUAAAAUUAAGCUUUACAAUAAUUUUAUUUUUAAUGUUAAACAAUCGCUAUAUUAAUAAUUGACAUGUAACUAAACAAUAUUGCCCAGUACUUGAUCAAUUUCAUUGUUUGAUUCAUUUCUUCAGAAUUAGGACUGUUGACAGAAUUUACCAAUAUAUGCAAUAGAAUGUUUAUAUUUGUCAAUUAAUAGGAAACCAUUUCAUACCUGAUCACAAUAUUUUGAACAAAAGGAGUAUUUUUUGGCAACAUUAUAAGUUUAUCUUUAUCUAAUUCAAAUGUAACAGAGUAAUUUUUAUUGGAUCAAUCCAUCAAGAUAAUUUUGUCCAUAAGAUUUGCUAGUUCAGUUUAAUUCUCAACUGAAAACCCUAAAUAAAUUUGCUUAACUGAAUUAUUUCAAAGUUAGUAAAAUGGAAAAUUAUAUAUUCAUAGAUGUGUCAAUGUAAAA